GGGGUUUCCAGUGCGCACAGUUCGUGUAGUUUACUCAUUUCACGCCGUCUUCCGUCCAGUGUGUGUGAGCCUGCAGACCUGAGAGGAUCCCGAGACAACACGCGCUCUGAUAGAUCGACAACACCGUCACGCGCUGGUUUCUUUUCACGCGCAGUUCGACGAUUAAAUGCCACGCUGGAAUAUCGAAUCGUCUUUAGAAUCGCGCUCGCGAGUGUUUAUGCAAAUGCGUACGUGCGAGUCCAAUCGUACAUUGGCUUGAAUCGCGCGCUCUAAGGUAGGUCCACACCAUCUGAACAUCAACACAACACUGGCCAGCUUUGCAACCUCAGUCGUCUCUAUGGAAACAGAGUACCAUCAGGCGUCGUUGGGCUCUCUGGUUUGUACCCAAGACGGGGAGGCCAUGAGCUGCCAGACCCCGGGCCCUGUUACAUAUCAGCCGGGGACCACCGGAGCGGGAUCGGACUCCUUCCCAUGCCUGCGCCCCCUCACAUUCCCCCAGCAGUCCAUUGAGGAGGCACGUUGCUCUGGUGAGGUCAUCGUUAUGGUCAAGGAUAAAACAGAGAGUGGUGAUGGGAUUUGUUCCCCGAACAAUGCUUUUGCAUCCAAACCAAUUCUCUCCUCUCCUCCUCGCCGGCAUCAUUCUGUUCCUAAUUCACACCAUCCACAUGUGGGCCGCACUCGGAUGGGCAGCCGCUCCAGCUCCAUCGCCUACACGGCGUUCUCCCCGCGGCCCUCUAUCUCACGCCACUCCAGCAUCGCCACCAACCCCCCGAUGGACCGCUCCAAACCCAAAGACUACCUCAUCCUCGCUGUCAUCGCCUGCUUCUGCCCGGUCUGGCCAAUCAACAUUGUGGGAUUUGUUUACUCCAUCAUGUCCCGGAACAGUCUGGAGCAGGGGAACGUAGACGGAGCGAGACGCUUGGGUCGCGUGGCGAAGCUGCUCUCUGUGGUCUCACUGGUGGGAGGAGCGCUCAUCAUCAUAGCAUGCGCCGUCAAUCUGUCAAUCAAUAUAAAAUCCUGAGAGCGUUGAGCGUGCCAUGGAAUUCAGCUUCGCAUCGGACCACUGACCCGGACGCCACGGCCCUUUUGUUUUGCCCCACCGGCCGCUGCUGUGACGGCAAUCACAUCUCAGAGAGCAAUCGAUCAUCAGAUGUCUUUGUUUUCUGAAAGAACCCUUGAAUUAAUCUGCACAAACAUGCCAUCCUUCAAACAGAUGGAGCAGGACGCUUUCACUGAGGUCUCACACGGAACUGAGAUUAGUUCCU